AUGGAUCAAUCAUUAGAUUCAAUCAUUUCUACACAAAGAAAACAAAAGAGAUCACUACCAAAAGCAGCAAGUAUUGCUGGAGGCGGUGGUGGUGAAUCUCAAACCUCUACAAAUCAAUCACCAUUAGAGUCGAGUUUGGGUGAUAUCAUCAAAUCAAAGAAAAAGGAUUCAUUUUAUGUAAAAAAGAGAGAUAACAAUUAUAAGAAACAUAAUCAACAUCAACAACACAAUAAUAAUCAUCAUCAUCAUCAUCAUAACAAACAUAAUAACAAUAGUAAUGGAGGAAAUGGAGAAAUAGUAAUAACAAUCAAGAAUGAUCAACAAUUUAGACCAUUACAUCAAUAUCAACAACAGCAGCAUCAAAAUAAUAACUAUAACAAUAAUAGAAACAACAAUGACUAUAGAAAUCAAGCAUUACUCAAUAGAAAGAGAAACUUGGCAAAGAAGAUCGAUCACUCUUUGUUUGACUCUAGAGGUAUCAGAGACUAUAGUCAGGUCGAGAAGAGAGAACGCGAUGAAAACAAUGUUACUUUGCGUGUCGCCAACAUUGCGCCGUCCGUCACACAGAGUGAUCUGACCAAGGUGUUCAGUGUCAUCGGUAAACUAAAGGAUGUAGACUUACUCACACAUCUCUCACCGGUAGAAGCAAUCGUCACCUACCACCGUAGAAUCGACGCUCUCACAGCGAUCGACAGAUUCAACGGUGUUCCAAUCGAUGGCUCCGAACUAAAGAUCUCAUUGGACUUGAACAACACACUAUCACCAAGCAACAGCAACAACACAACCACAACAACAACAACCACCUCCACAACCUUUACAAUCAUCUCACCAACUUUAUCGGAAUCGUCAGAGCAUUUAGAUGAAAUGGUAAAUUAA